AUGGCUAAUCCAGUUGUUGCUUCUAUAUCUGCUAAUCUGAAUUCGGUUCCAGUUCUUGAUGGUGCAAAUUUUAAGGACCGGAAAGAGAACAUGGAAAUUGUUCUUGGUUGCAUGGAUCUAGACCUUGCAUUAAGGAUUGAGAAACCCCCUUCUCCUAUGGAUUCCAGGGCACUAACUAGUGCCAAAGAAUUCCUUGCUGAAAUUGAAAAGUGCUUUGCAAAAAGCGAUAAGGCGGAAACAAGUACUCUCCUUCAGAACUUGAUUUCCAUGAAGUAUCAAGGCAAAGGAAAUUUCAGGGAAUACAUUAUGGGAAUGUCAAAUAUUGCUCCAAAAUUAAAGGCACUAAAGCUCGAGUUAUCGGAAGACUUGCUUAUUCAUUUAGUGUUGAUUUUUCUUCCUUCGCAGUUUAGUCAGUUUAAGAUCUCUUAUAACUGUCAGAAGGAGAAAUGGUCUCUUAAUGAGCUCAUUUCAUACUAUGUGCAAGAAGAGGAAAGGUUGAAGCAAGAAAGGACUGAAAGUGCUGAUGUUGUGAGUACCUCUAAAGACAAGGGCAAAAGAAAAAGGAUUGAGGAGCCCAAAAUGAAGCUGCUAAGGGUCCAGGACAAAAGAAACAAAAUCAGGGUGACAACUAUUUCUUUUGCAGUAAGCCUGGACAUGUAA